GUUAGACAGUGUUGCGGUAUGCGCGAAUCUAUUUCCGGUUGGCUUUAAGUGCGGGAGUUUUUGAGGAGCAUCGAGGAUUACUUGGAAAUAACAACAAAGACAACGAGAUGCCCCCUAAAGCCCAGGCAGCAGGGAAGGGCAGAGGACCAGCCAAGCGGAAGCUUGCUGAGGAGUUCCCCCCUGGAGAAGUACUAACCGAUACCAGCAAGAAGUCCUGGAAACUGGGAGCCCCUAUCGGACAGGGCGGCUUUGGACUGCUCUAUCUGGCCGAUGAGAAUACAUCUAAAACAGUUGGAGCUGAUGCCCCAUAUGUAAUUAAAGUGGAGCCCAGUGACAACGGACCACUGUUCUCAGAGCUCAAGUUCUACAUGCGAGCUGCCAAGCCGGAUCUAAUUCAGAGUUGGAUGACGUCUCACAAGCUGAAGUAUUUGGGAGUUCCGAAGUACUGGGGGUCUGGACUACAUGAGAAAGGAGGAAAAAGGUACAGGUUCAUGGUGAUGGACCGUUUUGGGGCGGACCUUCAGAAGAAGUUUGAGGAGACUGGAAGGAGGUUCCCCCGAAAACUGGUCCUGCAGCUCGGGCUGAGACUCCUUGACAUUCUGGAGUACAUCCAUGAGCAUGAGUAUGUUCACGCUGACAUCAAAGCCUCCAACCUCCUCCUCAGCCACAACAACCCCAAUCAGGUUUACUUAGUAGAUUAUGGGCUGGCCUAUAGGUACUCUCCCGAAGGAGUGCUGAAGGAGUACAAAGAAGACCCUAAGAGGUGCCACGACGGGACCAUCGAGUUCACCUCCAUCGAUGCACACAAAGGAGUCUCUCCCUGUAGAAGGAGUGAUCUGGAGAUCCUAGGGUACUGUAUGGUGCAGUGGCUCUGUACUAAACUGCCCUGGGAAGACAAGCUGCAGGACCCCGUCUAUGUCAGAGACGCAAAACUACAAUGCAGGGAUAACGUGUCAGAAUUCAUGUCCAAGUGUUUCCCCUCACAAGACAAGCCAGAUGAACUUCAGAAGUUCAUGGAGGAGGUGAAGACUCUAAGCUACACAGACAAACCGGCCUAUCAGAAGCUCCGGUCCAUUCUGGAGGUGGGGCUUAAGUCAAUUGGCACCAAAGAUGACGACAAGCUGGAGUUCUCCUCAGCGGUCAACAGCAACGGAGCCGGGCCAUCGUCCUCUCCCAAGCUCAGCAGGGUCUGCUGGUAAUCAUAAGGUAGCAAUUGGCAAAAUGGAAGGCAAGACAGAAGAGAAGAGAGGAGGGAGGGAGGGGCGCGCGUUCAUUCUACAGUUUAAGAGCGAAUGAGGAAAAGGAGGGAUGGGGGAAGGAAGAAGAGAUGGAGGAGUUGAUUGCUGUCGGUAAGUGCAUCUUUCUCGUCAACGUGUUCUUGGCUGGUAUGAUUUCACACAAUUAUUUGCUCCUUUUAGUCUUGAAUGUGUAGAAGAGGGGAAAAAAGUAACGUCAUAGUUUAUGAAAAUGGUACCAAAUGGCUCACCUCACUAAGUAACGAUACAGCUCUGCUUUGUCAGUUACUAAACCAUCAAAUCUCAACUUUGACCCUGAAGACAGUUCCAGAAGUCUUAAACAAUGACCCCAGAAACAAAAAUUGCCUUGACCAUUGUUGUUAUUUAGAUGGGUCAAGGAAGCAGAAUUCAGUGUGUACUUUGAUUGGAUUAUUCCUGUAGAAGGUUUUCUUCCUCUGUGAGAUGGCAGAGUGAUAAUUGCAUUUGCUCAGAUGUUCACAAGGCUCCGGGCAGAUGUAAGCGUUCGGUCGUCGUGUGCCAAAGCGGAGUUCAUCAUUUCAUGUUUGAUUUCUGCCCCCUCCAAUGUUGCUGCAUGCGGACUGUGAAAUUUGACCACUGUUCUCUCUCGCUCUCAUCACCCUUUCCUUUUCGCUACUCACAGAAGACUUCCAAAAGAAAGAAAGUGGUUGAUUAUAAAGAGGAGUCUGAUGAUGAGACCGAUGGCUCUCCCGCCAAGAAAAGAAAAGCUCCAAAG